AAUAGGCGUUCAUUUCCUAAGAGUUUCUAUGUUUUAGUUAAACAAAAAAGUGUUAAAAUAUUCUUAAAAAUGAGUGAAAAGUCAAAACUUCUUCGCGAAGACUCGGACGACAAGUCCAAACGAUACGGUAGUGUUAGCUAUAAAUACACAUUAAUAGACUCGGUUCCCAAAACCCAUUUCACCAAAAAGCACUGCAUUUUAGUGAGCGUCGCCUUACUUGUAGUGAUUAUCGCAUUUUCGGUCACUUUAGCGCUCGGUUUACCGAAACUCAGACACAAACGGAACCUCUAUUUGAAGGGAGAGUUCAUUGUGUCAAAUGCCGAGGAAGCCGUCUUCAAGUCAUCGGCCGUUGUGGUGGACGGACAGCCCUGCGCUCAGAUCGGGAAGGAUGUGUUGGCCAGAAAUGGGUCGGCAGUCGACGCGGCCAUAGCUCUGCUCUUUUGCGAUGAGAUAGCGAAUCCUCAGAGCUCUGGGAUUGGCGGAGGAUUUCUUAUGGUUGUCUACAACAGAGUCAAUAAAACAAGUGAAGUGAUUGACGCCAGAGAGACGGCACCGAAAAACAUAGACAUCAAUCUCUUCAGAGACAAUAAAUCUCUCUUAGAAGAAGACGGGCUGUCGAUUGCAGUGCCGGGUCAGCUGAAGGGAAUGAUUUUGGCUCAUCAGAGGUACGGCAAACUCAACUGGUCUUCUCUGGUCGAGCCAUCGAUCGCUUUGGCCCGCAAUGGGAUUGUCGUCAACCAGUAUUUGGAAAAGAUUUUAUUGGAGUCACAGAAAGAGAUACAAAGCGAAGAGACCCUAAAAGAGCUAUUUGUGAACAACGGAACGGGAAAUCUGUAUAAAUCUGGAGAUACACUCAAAAGACCCAAAUUAGCCGAGACUUUAGAAAAGAUCGCCAAAAAUCCCGAAGACUUCUAUAGCGGAUCCAUUGCUAACGACUUGGUUACAGACAUUCAAAGUAUGAACGGAAACAUAACAAUCGAUGACUUGAAGGGCUAUUCGGCAAAAGUGCGCCAAUCAGUCAAUGUGUCCAUUCAUGGCGGGGACUACACUCUGUUAACAGUUCCCCCUCCUGGAAGUGGAGCACUGGUAGCCUAUGUGCUCAACAUUCUCGACAAUUACAACACCACUUGCAAUGACACCCGUGAUGUUAACCAACGGAUACUACACUUCCAUCGCUUCGUUGAGGCGUUAAAGUUUGCAUUUGGGAAGCGAUUAGGAUUAGGAGAUCCAGACUUUGUGGACAAUACAGCGCUCCUCCAGAAUAUCACUUCUAAGACAUGGGCGCGAAAGACACAACAACUCAUACUAGACAGGGCUCAACCCAACUCUUAUUACGGACUGACGGGACAGCUAAUCAAUGAUGAGGGAACGGGUCAUAUAUCGGUGAUCGCACCCAAUGGGGACACCGUUUCCGUCACUUCUAGUAUUAAUUCGAUAUUCGGAUCAAAACGGAUCUCUCAAUCGACGGGAAUUAUACUCAACAAUGAGAUGAAAGACUUUACGGUUGAGACGAGUGGUGCACCAUCUGAGACAAUACCCAACGGUAUGAGUGGUGGCAAACGACCCCUCACUUCGAUGUCUCCCACAAUCAUAAUCGACGAAAAUGGCGACACAAAGCUCGCAAUCGGGGCCAUCGGUGGCACCAGAAUAGUGUCGUCAGUCGCUCAGGUGUUGUACCAAAUCCUAUGGAGAUGUCAGACACUAAAACAGGCGACCGACACCUCCCGUCUCUAUUACGACAUCAACACAAACCAAGUGUUAUAUGAGGCGGAGUUCCCCAAAGUCUAUACGGACGGACUCUACCAUUUCGGGCAUUACUUGGCCGUCGAUCACAUUAUUUCAUCGGUUUAUAGUAUUUUCGAAACAAACUCAACGUUAAGAGCAUUAGUCGAUCACCGAAAGGGCGGCUCUUCCGAUGGCUUCUAAUUGAUCCGCAAAUUGUUGUCUCAAUUAAAUGAUAAUAAAUGAGAAAUGAAUGAAAAAUGACAAA